ACAUGCUGGAAUUAAGGGUGUGCCAAGAUGUGCCAGCCUGUCAAAAUGCCAAUUCUAAAGAGCCUGGGGGUAGGAGACCCUAAGGUGCCGCGGGCGGGGACUCUGCCCCUGAGGUCCUCUCGCAACCCGUUUGAAGAGCCUCCAACGCUGGAAGAAGAAGCCGAGGAGCUGGGUACACUAUCCAAUGGGACCUCGUGCCGCCGGCGGGCCACGCUGGAGAAACUGGCGGGUCUGGCCCCCUUCCGGCUGGGCUGGACUUCAGGCCGCAGGGCAGGCAGCCCGGGGGACGGGCAAGCCCGCUCUUUCCUGGGCCGUGUGCUGGCACCGGGCAUACGGAGGAGCUCAGCAGAUUUCGGCCUCCUGACCCGGCUUCAGGGGUUCCGAACCCAUGGCGAUGAGGAGCCAGCUGGGGAAGCUGCUAAAAGAUUGGCCUUCCUGAGACUCGGGCGUGGGCCCAAGCCCCGGCGCGCGUCCCUGGCCGAGAGACUGGUACCUGCAGGCGAGGCGGCUCCCGAGCCCCCACCCAAAGUCCCCGAGCCCCCAAAGAUGAAGGAACCGCUGUCAGAGUGUGCCCUUACCAUCACAGCCACCUACCUCUGGGACCCCCAUGAGGCGGCGGCGCCGGGCGCGCGCGGCGCUCUGGCCGGGCAGCUGGAGGCGCUGCGUGCGCGGCUGCUGGAGGACGUGGCUGCCGUGCGGGGCCGUCUGGCGCCCGCCUACCCCGCGGCGCUGCGCGCCGGAGCCGUCUACCUGCGGGGCUACCACGAGGCGCUGGCCGAGUGGCUCGGGGCGGCCGCGCGCCGCAGGCUCCCGCUGGCCGAUCGCUACGCGCUGCUGCACUGGCACAACCAGGUGUACCCCAGGGAGAUUCUGGGCCUGGUGGAUUUGGUUGCCUUGGAGAAUGGGGAGCUGGGGCCCCUCCUGUCUGCUGGCACGCUUCGAGGUCUGGAAGAUGAAUGUGUCACCGAUGUGAAGGCUCAGACCCGAGCAGCCCUUCUUCGAGUGCUGCAGGAAGAUGAGGAACAGUGGGGCAGCAUGAACUACCGGCCCAGUAAUCUGGCCCAGGAUGUUUGUGAGCUGCUGGAAGAGCACACAGAGAGAGCACCCCACAUCAGUCAGGAAUUCGGGGAGAGAAUGGCGCACUGCUGCCUGGGAGGGCUGGCAGAGUUCCUGCAGAGCUUCCAGCAGAGAGUGGAGCGGUUCCACGAGAACCCAGGGAUCCGUGAGCUGCCCUCUGACAACUACAUCAGCAGGACUAUCUCACUGGUCAACUGUGGCCCGCCCCUGAGGUCUCUGGCUGAGCGGCUGGCCAGGGUGGGCCCCCCUGAGAGUGAGCCCGCCCGGGAAGCGUCAGCCAUGGCUCUGGACCGCGUGACCAGACUCUGCCAUCGUGUCCUUUCAGAAUUGUUGUUCCAGGAACUACAGCCGCACUUCAACAAGCUGAUGCGCAGGAGGUGGCUGAGCAGUUCCGAGGCUCUGGAUGGCAUCGUGGGCACACUUGGGGCACAGGCCCUGGCCCUGCGCAGGAUGCAGGAUGAGCCUUACCAGGUGCUGGUGGCCGAGCUGCACCGGAGGGCGCUGGUGGAGUACGUGCGGCCGCUGCUCCGCGGGCGCCUGCGCUGUCGCUCGGCGAGGACCCGCGGCCGCGUGGCGGCCAGGCUGCGCGAGGACGCGGCGCAGCUGCAGCGGCUGUUUCGGCGUCUGGAGUCCCAGGCUUCCUGGCUGGACCCGGUGGUGCCGCAUUUGGCGGAGAUCCUGCAGCUGGAGGACACCCCAAGCAUCCAGGUGGAGGUCGGGGUGCUGGUGCGGGACUUCCCAGACGUCAGGCGGAAGCACGUGGCAGCCCUCCUUGACAUCAGAGGUCUUCGGAACACAGCUGCCCGUCAGGAGAUCCUGGCGGUGGCCCGGGACCUGGAACUCUCUGACUGUACUGCCCUAUCACCCUCUCGAGACCGGGCGUUUUUUGCUGAUAUCCCUGUGCCCCGCUCAUCUUUCUGCCUCCGGCUCCCCCUGUUUGGGGGACGCCUCCCCGGGUCCUGGCUGGGUAGGCCCAGUCUGGCUUGUCUGCCCCUGCGGCCUCGUCCUCCGUCGCCAGUUAGAGCCCGAGCCCAGCGCUGAAGCUCCGGGUGUCCACGCUGCUGCUGCUGAUACGUCCUCCUCCCUGCCACGUGACUCCCUGCCUGAGCCGCAGACCUCUGGGAUGGGAGGACCCUUAGGCAUCCCACCCAGCCCGGAGCAUCUCCUCCAGAAGGGAAACAGAGGCCAGAACGACUGAAGAGUUCCCAGGGCUGCGGGAGUCCUUCCCGGUGACCCCUCCUCCCCCACAGCCCAGCCUGGUGGAGAGCCUUCUGGAAAGCUCAACAGAAAUAGCCCAGCCCCACCUCCUUUCCCCUCACCUCAAGGUCUGGCCUCAGGCCAACAUUUUAAGGAAUGGUAGAUACUUAGAAUAAAGAGGUUUCUAUUUAACACUAGGAAGGGCUGAGUCCCAAGUGUAGGAGAGGGAAGACAGGGCCCAGGGCCAAGCACUCUUUGCACACACACCCAAGGCCACCGGGGCUGGGGACCAACUCUUCUGGAAGACCGUGGACACAGUCAGAAGCCACAGAAGGCCGGGACACUGUGCUGAUACCGAGGCCUUGGUCUGGUGGCUCUGGGGCCAGCCUUUGACCACUCUGAGCCCGACGCCGAUAUUUUAUCUAUCCCGGUGUCCGUCGUUGUUCUGGCUCUGCUGUGGGCACCUUGGCACGGCCCUCCCCAUCCUUAGCCGGGGAAACCUCGUCCAGAGAGGAAGGAGUUGGGGGAUGGGGUCAGGCUGGCGGCAUCCAGGGCGCCCGCCUGGGUUGAUGCAGGGAUUGUCUUGGUGGGAAAUUUUCCAGCCUCUCCAGCUAGAGCCCAGCCGGAUCCUGGUCCCCACAGAGUCCUUGAGGUCACCUCCCUGCUGACCUCUGCCCCUCCGGCCCCAGCUGGACAGCUCUUGAUGGAUGCUUCCUGGCCUGGGCUGUAUUUUAUUUUAUUUUUUCCCUAAGAAGUCAGAAAGAGGAGGCAGCCAGGGGUCAGCACAGGGCCGGGGUUGGAACCUCACGCAAGUCUGGACAUUGGCGGCAACAAGGGGGCUUAGACGCUGAGCCUCCGGGCUGUGUGCUGGCAGAGGGGAAGCCGGCAGUCUCUGGGCUCUGCUUCCUGUCUCUCCUGGGAAAUUGUUUAACUUCUCUUUGCCCAGGCUUAGGGUAAAGAGGCCCAAAGGAUGGACCCCCCCCCUCCUUCCUUGACCUUCUGUAAGUGCCACCUCAGUGUCACUGACGUACAGGAGAAGGGAACUGACUGGAAAAGCUGUUUCACCCGUGGGCGCUUAAAACAAUUACACAUGUAUUUCAUCCCA